UUCAUUGUUCAGAUCAUUGGUUCGGGUGCCAAAGCCAGCCAAACCAAAGCUAAGCAGUCCAUUCACUUUCAGUCUCUUCAACUGGUCGGUUUAACAAUUAAGAGUGGACGGGAGUUGACAGUCUCAAGGAUAAGAACUCCCUCAAAAUGAAGGGACUCACGACGACGCUGCUUCUUCUGUGUGCAGCAGUUGGGUCGUAUGCCCAAUAUCAACGCAGUUUCCGCGACACAUGGCCCCCCGCUGGGGUUGGAAGUUCGGAAGAAGUCUCCUCCGAAGAAAGACCAGCAACGUCGACGUCCGUCGAGGUUGGCGGAGCGAAAGGGGAACUCGGAGUUCCAGAAAGUUUCGAAGCGGACGAUCGAGAAUUCACAUAUUACCCCGUAGCUGAAAAAUUAAAUGGUGUGGGCAACGUCUUUUACGAAGUUAUCGAUGACCCCCGAACGGAACGAGGAGGUAACAAGAAAGGAAAGAAAGGUUGCAAAAAAGGCAAAAAGAAGGGAAAGAAGAAGAAGAAGGGGAAGAAGAAGAAGGGAAAGAAGGGCUGCGGAGUUCAUGGCGGAUGGUGGUACGUAUUCGACAAAAAACACGGGUAUAUUUCUGGAAGAUGGGGAGAUCCACCACCAAAGGGGCUGGAGAAGGAGCAUUAUGACCACAAUUUUGGGAAAGGAGGACACAAGUUUGGCAAGGGGUAUGACGGUCAUGGGAAAGUAGGCGGUGGAGGUGGUGGUGGUGGAGGUCACGGUGGGGGCGGCCAUGGAGGCGGCGGCGGCGGUGGUGGCGGUGGUGGCGGCGGUGGGUGGGGAGUCAAAAAGCAACACUACCCCCACGGAUGGGCUGAAAAACCAAAGAAGGGAUGGGGCGGAUGGGGACAUUAAUUCCAAUGCUGCUCAAACCAUCGCAUUUUAAUUGGCAAAAAUUGCAACCUUAUAAGACAAAAUGAAACAAAAGGGGUAUCAUAUUCAUCAUAUUAGUCUGUAAGCAUCUUCUAUAAGCAUCUUCUAUUAAGUUACUUUUAAGUACGUAAAUAUAUCAACAUUAUGCUCAUUAUUAUAAUUUUAGCUUUUUAUUACGUUUUAAUUCAAAAUUGUGACUUUUAAAAUUUGACCAGUACUUAAUAGUUUGUAAACCCUACAGUAAUUGACUGACAUUACAAUACUCAAUGAUAAUGUGCAAUGCAAGUCCACAAAUUGUGUUUAUUACGCAUGACUUUAGUGUUGCAUGAUGAAUGACUUUUAAUUAAUUCUUUGUAGAUUAUUAAUUAAACGUUAAACAUCUCAGAGUGCCGAAGUGUAUUAUUUAUUGCUUAUAUAAAUGUGCAAAAAAUUGAUAGAAUAAAUAUUGGUAAACUGACAA